AUGGCCAGCAAGGAAGCCGGGCAGGCAUUCGCCCCGGUCCUGGCGGCUGUCGCGACAAUGCAGGGGAAUGUGUCUAGGUCUGACAAGACUCAGGCUCAUGAAUUUCUUGAGAAGUUCCAGAAAUCGAUUGAGGCUUGGACCACCACCCAUGCUUUGUUACAGUCCCCCGAUGUACCAAUCGAAGCCAAAUUGUUCGCCGCGACUACACUGAAGGGAAAGAUUAUCUUUGAUCUCGAUCAACUUGAUCCCGAUUCGGUAGUGGCGCUCCGAGAUUCUGUCUUGCACCUGUUGGUGGGAUUUGCGGCGGGCCCGCGCCCUAUCCAGACCCAGCUAUGUGUUUGUUUAUCCAGUCUAGCGAUCCAGAUGCUAGGAUGGAAAGAUGUUCUGGGUACUGUUGGAGCGGCUUUGGGCAACACCGCAGGAGACUGCGUGCUUGAAUUCUUGAAGAUCUUGCCCGAAGAAGUUACUGAGGGGCGCAAGAUCAACCUCAGCGAGGAGGAACUGCUUGAUAGAACACAGACUUUGUUAGAAGGAAAUGCGGAAGCAGUUCUAACUUUGUUGGUUCAAUAUGCUCAAUCGUCGCCUUCCGCCGCAAACAACCCUCGUCUCCUCGACUGUAUCACUUCGUGGCUUCGUGAAAUUCCCGCGGCCAGAAUUGUUGAGACACCUCUACUCAUGGAUGUUAUCUUCGGGGCGCUGGACAAUGAUAACUCUUUCGAUGCUGGUGUCGAUUGUGUCUGCACACUUUUCCGCGAUACCAAGGACGUGGACGAGUCUUUGGCCGUUAUUCAAGCCCUGUACCCGCGACUUAUGGCACUCCGCCCCAAGAUUGCCGAAACUGCUGAGGCCGAGGAUUUGGAGGCUUUCAAGGGUAUCACAAGGAUAUUUGCUGAGGCCGGUGAAUCAUGGGUUGUCCUCGUUGCACGUAUGCCCAAUGAGUUCCAGGAUCUUGUUGAAGCGCUCCUCGAGUGCUGUGCACGCGACUGGGAACGGGAUGCAGUGUCCUUGACCUUCAUUUUCUGGUACGAGGUCAAGCAAUACAUUACCCUGGACCAAUACGCCAACGCCCGCGCCACUUUCCAGCCCAUAUUCUCCCAGUUGGUGGACAUCAUGGUGAAGCACCUCGAGUUCCCCACCCCAGACGAAGGGGAGACAGAUUUGUUCGCUGGAGACCGCGAACAAGAGGAAAAGUUCCGUCAGUUCCGUCAUGCCAUGGGUGAUGUGCUCAAGGACUGCUGUGCUGUUGUGGGUGUGAACAAUUGCCUUGCUAAAAUCUACCAAUUGAUUCAGCAGUGGGUUGCCAAGUAUGCGUCACAGGCUAGCCAUGAGCAUGUUCCUCACUGGCAGGAAUUGGAGGCUCCUCUUUUCGGUCUUCGCGCAAUGGGCCGCAUGGUCGAUCCCGAAGAAAGCACUAUUCUCGGAGAAUUGAUUCCUCUCAUUGUCCAGAUUCCGGAUCAGGAGAAAGUCCGAUUCCAGGCAAUAAUGGCACUGGCCCGUUACACUGAAUGGACCGCUCUCCACCCUGAAACUUUGGAGGCUCAACUUAACUACGUGAUUUCAGGAUUUAGCCACGCCUCUCAGGAAGUCGUGCAGGCCUCCGCCCUUGCAUUCAAAUUCUUGGGCACGGACUGCCAAAAGCUCUUGGGUGGCCACGUCGUUCAGCUCCAUACCUUCUUCGAGUCGGUUCUCGACAAAUUGAAGCCCGCCAGUCAAGAGGAGGUGACUGAGGGCGUUGCCGCUGUGGUCUCGGUCCAGCCUCAUGAGAAAAUUUACGAGUCUUACAAGAUGUUCUGCGACCCCAUCAUGGACCGAAUUAUGAGAUUAGCCAACAGCGCACAGAACGAAGCAGACCAGCGAGCCGUGGCUGAUCAUCUACAGCUGAUUACCAUAUUUGUGCAGGUGGUUACUCCCAUUCUCGCACCGGGUGAAGAAAACCCUGCCGUUAAAUACUGCGGCGAAAUUCUGCCCAUAAUGACCACGAUUGUCAUGAACUUUACGUCUUCCACGCCUAUUCUCGAGCGUGUGUGCCGAUGCUGGCGAUACAUGAUUAUCUCUUACCGCACUGGCAUGAUUCCCCUUCUUCCAGCUCUGGCCGAGAGCAUCGCCAAUGGCUUCCAGGCCUCCCGCGAAGGUUGCUUCCUGUGGGCCACGGAUGCUGUGGUGCGGGAAUUUUCCGAUGGAGCCGAGUACGUCGACCAAGCCACCAGUGAUGCGGUCUUCCAGUUCUACGAGCAGCAGGCCAUUGCAUUCCUGCGGAUCAUGAACGAUCUCGCCCCCGAGAACUUGCCCGAUGUGAUAGAGGAUUUCUUCCGCCUGUCCUCCGAUGCCGUCCGAUACUACCCUAAAAAGUGCAUCAGCUCGUCCCUUGCCAUUCCCAUCUUCUCUGCUGCUCUCAGCGCCCUCACACUUCAACAAGUCGAACCCCUCAUUGCUACGCUUCAUUACUACCGGGAUCUCUUCGGCUUUGCAUUCGAGAAGCCUAUGGUCUCCCAAUUCACCAGUCCGGAAGGUCAACCUUAUGUCACUCCGCCUGAGGUCCGCGAGGCGGUGAAGGCAUUGAUCCUCUCGCAAGGCCAGCUUUUGGCCCAACGCGUUCUGACCGGUAUGAUGUUUACUUUCCCCGGCGACUGCUUCCCCGAUGCGUCAGGAGUCGUCAUGACUAUGUUCGAACUCUUGCCUCAAGAAACCGGUCAAUGGCUGCAAACCACCCUGCAGAUGCUCCCACCCGGCUCAUUGAAGCAAGGCGAGGGCGAGAAGCUCCUCAAGAACGUCUCAGACAAAGUCCAUUCUGGAGAGAACCGCAAAAUCCGUGCCCUCCUUCAAGACUUCACAAACUCAUACCGCCGCCGCAAUGUGGCCCCACGGGAUGGACUCGGUCGACUAGAGGCCACUCGGUUCCGAUUCAGCGGCUGA